AUGGGAAUGAAAGUGUAUAUGAAGAUAAUACUGAUAGUAAGUAUACUACUGGCAGCAGUAAGAGCAAGCAGCACACCGCCGCUAGAAGAGAGUGCAAUAGCAGGAUCAAGCGACAAAAAGGUAGACAGUGUAGAGAAUCCGUCUCUUUCACUAGCACAUGAUACUCAGCAGAGCAUGAAUGCAUCUGAAAAGAAUAAAGAAAUGCAUGCGCUAAAAAUAAAAUUCAUCAAAAGUCUAGAGCAACUGCUGGAAAAAUUCGAUCUGAUGUCUAUGCAUGAUAAUUUACUUAAAGAUCUUAUGAAAGAUAGUAACAAUUCUUUUCGGGAAGAAAUCGGCAGUGUAAUGGAUAGUGUACUAGUGCAUAUAUCCGAAAAAUUUAGAGAAGUUUCAGAAAAAAAAUUGUUUAUUAAACUAGUAAGAAACUCAGAGAAUUAUGAAUUAGUAAAAUCAGAAUAUAAGUACGAGAUUCGUGAGAGAAUACUUAACAAUAUGCUUGAUAUAAUUAAUACAAUAAAUUUUAUGGCAGAAGAAAUGAUAAAUGAAUUCGUAGAUAAAAACUCAGAAGAGAAUAAAGAAUUUUAUGAAAAUAUAAGAAAGAAGAUGGAUUAUCUAAAAAAUAAGUAUAAAAAAGAAUACACUAAAAACUUUGAUAACAUGCUAAAGGAGCCGACCAUAUCAGAACCCAAAGAAAGAGAAUGCAGUGUAUAG